AUGGACCUCAGGAAGACACAGAUGAGUAGAAAGCAGAGAGGAGGAGAGGAGAGGGGAGGAGAGAUGCAGGAGAGGGGAAGAGAACAAGGGAGGAAGUAUUUUGGCGAGAAGAUUGGUCUGUACUUCGCCUGGUUGGGUCUCUAUACCCAGAUGCUGAUUCCCGCCUCUCUGGUGGGAGUCAUUGUGUUUCUGUAUGGAUGUGCAACAGUCGAUGACAAUUUACCAAGCAUGGAGAUCUGCCACCCGAAGAACAACAUCACCAUGUGCCCUCUGUGUGACAAAGUGUGCAGCUACUGGAAGCUCAGCACGGCCUGUGGGACGGCCCGGGCCAGCCACCUGUUCGACAACCCCGCCACCGUCUUCUUCUCUAUCUUCAUGGCUCUGUGGGAGAAGGAUCACCCUAGGGCUGAAUAUGAAUUAAGGGUCAUGCAGAAGACACUGAGCAAAGAUCAGAAAUCUCAUCACAAGACUGAAAAGCUCACAUGUCAAGACCGCCUCCCAGCCUACAUGACGAACAUUGUCAUGAUGCUGUUAAUGAUUGGUGUUACAUUUGCCAUUGUGUUUGGAGUGAUCCUCUACCGGAUCUCAACCAAAGCUGCUCUAUAUAUGAGCUCCAAUCCGGUCACACGGAGCCAUGCACAACUGACGGUUAAAACCACUGCAGCCAUCAUUAACCUGGUGGUCAUCCUCAUACUGGACGAGGUGUACGGAGCUGUGGCCCGAUGGCUCACUGUGCUAGAGGUUCCUAAAACAGACAAAAGUUUUGAGGAACGACUUAUCUUCAAGACCUUCAUUCUCAAGUUUGUCAAUGCAUUCUCCCCCAUCAUCUACAUUGCUUUCUUCAGGGGCAGACUGGUAGGCAGACCAGGCAGCUACCUUUAUGUUUUUGAGUCCUACAGAAUGGAAGAG